AUGGAUCCGAGAGGUACACCAGCAGUUGCUAGCACUAGCACGCGCCGUCACAAGCUGCCUCUCCUCACUCUCCGAGAAGGCCACGGCGCCCUCGACCAUGGAGGAGCCCUGCGUUGCGACGCCCUGAUCUGGCGAGGGAAGGGGGACUUCGGGUCGUGUUCGCCCGAUGCACAGCUUUGCCGCCCACAGCUCCCUGCAUCGCAGCGCAUCGAUCUUGUCGGGAUCCGACGCGGGCGUGUCCAGAUGCACAGCCUCGCAGCACGCCGCUCUCCCGCCAAGCAGUACAACACCCCUGAGAUUUGGCGGCGGUGGCGAGCUAACUUGCCUGGCGUCCCGCGGCCAGCGGCCAUUAGAGCUCCCGGCGGCGACGUGUCCCGAGUCCGCUCGGUGUGCGUCAGGUGGCCAUUAGCGUUGCUGGCAGCAGCGAGUCUGGUGUCAAUGGGCGGCAGCGCGUCUCCAACAGUCCAGGUCUUUCGUUAG